AUGCCUUCCGCCUGGAAGCCCCUUCUUUUGCACCGCAAGAAUAACAGCAUUCCUCCUCUUUUAGUCAAAUACGACUUCGGGCCAGCGAACUAUAAUGUAUGGCUUACAGACCUCUCGUAUAUAUGGACCGAAUCACUUGAUCGGAGACAAAUUACAAGAAGAGCACUCGACGUUGACACAAGCAUUGAUCCCAGCGAAGACUUCGCGCAACUACGUCUCUUCCUUAGAAGCAUUGAAGAUGCUUUACGGCAACGUCCAGGAACUAGUGUAAACUUGAUCGAGAGCAACGAGAUCAAACAGUUGACCGUACAUACGUCAACUCCGUUACCACAUCCCCUUCAGCCUCUCGAAUGGUCUAUCGUGCUUCUGCUUGCAUCCCAAUCAGACUUUGCUUCGGAAUUCGUAGCGCCUCUUCUAAGCCAGCAGCUCACUGCAAAGGUGGAAAAGGCCUCCCUGCUACAGCAAUUGAAGGAGAAAGACAAUGUCAUUUCCAAAUUGAUUGACAAAAUGCAGGGCGAUGGUGUCGAUCUGGGAAAGUUGUUUCCUGGCGCGGUGUCAUCAAAGUCAGGUACAGGACCCUCUGCACGUCGCGCUGUCGCGAAGGCUAUCAAGGGUCUUGGAGAGUUUGACCAGGAUCUAUGGGAAAGCCAACUUGCAAAGGAUAAGGGGCUCUGCAGAGACCUAGAUAUUUUUUUGACUCAAGUAUUCGAUGAUGACGGGAAAGACACUGGUGAGGGACUGCAUAUCGCAGAUCGUGGGGAUUGGUGGAAGAGGGUAGGCCAUAAAGUUUCGCAACGAGAAGGAACCACGCCACCCAGUGUAAAGACCCAUGCUAAACAAGCAAGUGUGGUAGAGGAUGAGUUUCAGAGGCAAUCGACUCCUCCAGAAUCUUUAGCUCAGACACCGAGACGCGAUGGGCUGAUUAGGGACACUGCGCCGAAUUUUUCAAGCAUUCCAGAAACAGAGGACCCAGAUGAGGGUGGUUCGACGACUGACGAGAGCGAUGACGACCUUCAGUCUUCCUACUCCAAGCCUCUACCCUCGCGUACAGCCGACGAGGUAGCGACUCGUUCUGCGAAUUACUCUAAGGGCAUCCAGUCAGCGCCAAUGGAGUUGGACUAUGAUGGCUUGACCACUUCUCCGUCAGACAUCGAUAACAGUCCUUCCAAGACUCAUUUGGUGCCAAAGUCAAAGCCGAAGCUGGGCAAGAUCGGUGGUAAAGGCAAAACCAGCUCUCCCAAAACUCCUGCGUUACCAACAUCGAAGCCAAAGCUGGGCAAGAUCGGUGGGGGAGGCAAGCUUGCUAAGGUACAUGGCAUCGGGCCUGUGUCUGGUCAGAAUGAGGACGCUGCGUCGGACAUGCCAGAAGAUCCUGUGAGCCCAAAGCGUGAAGUGAGGGACCGAACUGCUGCACCAAAAACACUGGAGCCUGAGAAGAGGGGUCGGACGGUCCAGCAGCCUUCAGAACGCUCACCUCCUAGAGAGACUUCUCAAGAGAGAGCAAAUAGAAAGAGGGAACAGCUGAAGCGAGAGCUCGAGAGUAAGAGUCAGGCUGCAACCAAAAAGAAACGUAGAUUUUGA